CCUCUCCACUUUCCACACAAACACUCUUGUCUUUCUCUCGAGAAAUCAGAAAACAUGGGUUUCUUCGGAUCUUCGUCUUCAAUGGCAACCAUGGGUUUCUUCGUACUUUUCUUCUUCGUUUCUUCUCUUGCUUUAGAUUUUUCGAUUAUAGAUACAACUUCAGCUGUUUCAUCAACUAGAACAGAGAAAGAGAUGAAUGAUUUAUACGAAUCAUGGCUCAUUAAACAUGGAAAAGUAUAUAACGCUCUGGGUGAAAAAGAAAGAAGAUUUGAGAUAUUUAAAGAUAAUCUUAAAUUUAUUGAUGAACAUAAUUCUCAAAUAGGUUUGAGUUACAAAGUAGGAUUAAACAAAUUUGCAGAUUUAACUAAUGAUGAAUACCGUAAGAUGUAUUUAGGUACAAAAAUUGAUUCAAAAAGAAGUCUUUACAGUCCUAAAAGUGACCGUUACUCUGUUCGCGAUGGUGAUGAUUUGCCUGAUUCUAUUGAUUGGAGAACUAAAGGUGCUGUUGCUCCCGUUAAAGAUCAAGGAAGCUGUGGGAGUUGCUGGGCCUUUUCGACAAUUGCGGCAGUAGAAGGAAUCAACAAGAUUGUAACAGAUGAUCUGAUUUCAUUGUCUGAACAAGAAUUGGUAGACUGUGAUACAUCAUAUAAUGAAGGAUGUAAUGGUGGAUUAAUGGAUUACGCUUUUCAAUUCAUCAUUAAUAAUGGUGGAAUUGAUAGUGAGGAGGAUUAUCCUUACAAAGCUAGAGAUGGAACUUGUGACUCAUACAGGAAAAAUGCUAAAGUAGUCUCAAUUGAUGGAUAUGAAGAUGUUCCAGUGAAUGAUGAGAAAGCUUUACAAAAAGCUGUUGCUAACCAACCUAUUGCUGUUGCCAUUGAAGCUGGUGGCAGAGCAUUCCAACUCUACUCAUCUGGUAUAUUCAGUGGAAAAUGUGGAACUUCAUUGGAUCAUGGUGUCGCAGCUGUUGGAUAUGGCUCUGAAGAUGGUAAAGAUUACUGGAUUGUAAAGAACUCAUGGGGUGCAAGCUGGGGAGAGAAAGGGUACAUCAGGAUGGAGCGCAACCUUGCUGAUACUACGACUGGAAAGUGCGGUAUCACAAUGGAAGCUUCCUACCCAACCAAGAAAGGAGACAACCCUCCAAACCCUGGUCCUUCACCUCCCACUCCAGUAGCACCACCGUCCGUUUGUGAUAAUUACUACACCUGCCCACAAAGCACCACUUGCUGUUGUGUGUAUGAGUAUGGAAAGUAUUGCUUUGCUUGGGGAUGCUGCCCACUUGAAUCUGCUACCUGUUGUGAAGAUCACGACAGUUGUUGUCCUCAUGAUUACCCCGUUUGCAAUGUUGAAGCCGGAACUUGUCAACUGAGCAAAAAUGACCUAUUUGGAGUGAAAGCAUUGAAGCGUACUCCUGCUAAACUUCGCUGGACUUACCGUAAUGGAGGCAAGAGCAGCAGUGCAUAAGAGGUCUUUGCUCCUUAGUAUGGGGAGAAGGAGAAACCAAUGGAGGUGCAUUUGUGGACGAACUCUGGCUUAAUAGCAGUAGACACAGCUUUUCUCCAUAACUAGACCAUGGGUUUAUCGGAAACAAUUGGAUAGAAGAUUUGUCCAUUUUAGUUUAAGAUGAUAGAUUUGUAUAUAAGUUUCAUUAUUCCUCUAUCGCAUAUGAACAAAACAACAAUGCCAUUGUCGGUUUCCCUUGAAAUCCUUUGUAAAUCCAGUCUCUACUUAUUAUCUGUAAAAUAAAUUAGUUGAAGUUUAUCAUCUCUGUUUGGUUCUGUCGCCAACUACUACAAAAUGUAUUAGCCUUUUUAUGAACAGGUCAUUUCAUAUGAUAAUUGUUUCCA